AAUGAUGUGCGCUGUAAGAAUGAGGAACACGACCAAUUCCUGAGGUUUUAAGAAAUACAUAUGUCGUUAAUGAAAUCAACACCUGGACAGUAUAUAAAGUCCCUCUGUAGUGAGAGGGUGUAGUGCAACAGAUCUGCAGGACUUAACUGUUCAUCAUGAUGAAGCUGCUUCUUUCUCUGACUCUCAUCUGGGCGCUCUCCAGCACAGGUGAAGCACUUGUGUGUCAAACCUGCACAACUAGUGCCUGUAAUGUCACAGUACCACUGAAAUGUUCCUCAGAGACGAUGUGUAUAACAGCUGCACUUGAAGUCACUUCAGAACAGCAAAUCAUCAAGGGGUGUGCAUCGUCCUCCGUGUGUCCAGCCAUCGGCUUUCAUACAUAUUCAAUCAACCUGGGUGGUUCGAGUGCACUUGUAUAUGCUUUCUGCUGCGACACAGAUAACUGCAACUCAGCCACUCUACCUUUUCCUGCUGUUCCGGCUGCAAACAGCCUUCAGUGUUACUCUUGUGACACCUCUGACUGUAAUAAUCCACUACAAUGUAAGGGGACAGAAGAUCGCUGCUUUCAAACCAGUGUAAGAUUUAGGUCGACCAAUGUUGCAGUCCUUGGCUGCGCAUCUACAAACAUGUGUGCAGCUGCUGCCGACCUGGGACAACUACCUUUCUUACCAAGUGUUGGUAACAUGGGACCAACCUGUUGUACGACCAAUUUAUGUAAUACUCUUACAUCUGCUGCCAGUGACGCCUGUUGUACCAGAGCGGCUAUGAUCCAUCUGCUGAUCGGACUCCUUGUCUUUACCCUCUAUUAGAAUUUGAAGCCACCAGAAGACUCUGAGGACCUUGUCUGGUCUCGGGUUUACUCCCUCUAACCUUUAGUUGGCAGUUACAGAGGCUACAAUGGACUACAAUGGAUAAUCAUGAACACACAACAAAUGGGAAACAACAGCUUUAAUUGAAUAGGUUCAUAUUCUCUGGGGAUUUAUUUUCAAACCUGUGUAUUUUUCAAAUGGACUGAAUGCCCUAAUUUUAUAUAACAUGUUAGAUUUGAUGAGUAUUAAAAAAUAUAUAAUACUUCAAUUGAAAAAAAGAUUAAAUAAGUAAAUGAAGGAGUCAAUAGCAGAGGAAAAACAGUCCUUAUAUUAAAGUUACAAAUGUUUUUUUAAUCAGUUAAGUGGACUUUUUAAGGUUUUUCUUCCUUUUCCUCCCUAAAAGUUCUGUUAUUACAUAUGAAACAAUAUUUUUGCAUCAUGAAGUCCUUACAAAAAUGAUUUGUCAUUUACGAUGACCAACAACACUUUUAGGUUCCUUUCUGUAAAAGCCAUGUUUAUUUAAUAAUACAAUUUUCACUAUUCCUGGAAUAAACUAUGUAAUUCUUUGUCUUGUGUGAGCACCUGCACACUGAUCCUUAUUAAAGGCGAUAUGUGUGUCUCAUA